AUGCCGUGUUAUAAUACAUCGUGUACAAUACCAACCACGGGCGGAUUACCUAACGCUUUUGCCUCUGCUGUGCAGUUUUUUGCAGCGAGUCAGUGCUUAGUUCCUGAAGAAGCUUUAAAGAAUUCUCAUGUUCACAAUAAAACACAUUUUGAUUUCAUAAUAGUAGGAGCGGGGUCGGCAGGAAGUGUCAUGGCAAAUAGAUUGAGUGAAAUAAAGGAAUGGAAUAUUUUACUUUUGGAAGCUGGAGGUGAUCCGCCUAUUGAAGCCAGUUUCAUUUUCAUAUCACCAACAUUAAAGAAUGUUAGCGACAGAUUCGAAGUUUUAGGAGUGUGCAAAGCCUUUUUUACUGAAUAG